AUGGACAGAUACAAGAUCCUCGGGAAGAUUGGGGAAGGCGCUCACGGAGUCGUCCUCAAGGCAAAAUGCGUCGAGACGGGCGAAAUCGUUGCUUUGAAGAAGGUUCCGCUGCGGCGGCUGGAGGACGGGAUCCCAAAUACCAUUCUCCGAGAGAUCAAAGCGCUGCAGGUGAUUGAACACCAGAAUGUCGUGAAGCUCCUCUCGGUCUACCCAUCAGGCCCAUCUUUUGUCCUCGUCUUCGAAUAUAUGCUAUCCGACCUGUCCCAUAUCCUUCGCACAACCCCGACCCCGCUCACGUCUUCGCAAGUCAAAGCCUACAUGGUUAUGCUCCUGAAAGGGCUCUCAUACUGCCACGAAAAUAAUAUCAUGCAUAGGGACCUGAAGCCCGCUAACCUGCUAAUCAGCCCAACGGGCGUGCUCAAGCUCGCGGAUUUCGGGCUGGCGAGAGUGCAUCGCGCCCUCCCAUCCAAUGUUAAUGCAGGAGGGGCAGGGAGUGGCGGGCAUGGAAAGGAAUUCACACCAGCCGGGUCUGGAGCCAGUUCAGCCGCCGCACACCACCAGCCCCGCCCUUACUCGCAUCAAGUCGCGACGCGGUGGUAUAGAGCUCCAGAGCUGCUUUACGGCGCACGGAUGUAUGACGCCGGAGUGGAUUUGUGGGCGGUCGGGUGCAUUUUCGGGGAGCUUUUGAACCAUUCGCCAUUGUUCCCGGGACAGAAUGAUAUUGAUCAGUUGUUUUGUGUGUUGAAUGUACUGGGCACACCGACAGCAGACAGUUGGCCUGAUCUAGAGACUUUGCCCGAUUACAACAAGAUACAGUUUCCGAAGAUGCCCUCAAUACCGUUAGAGCGGAUUUGCCCCGACGCAUCACAGGAGGCUGUAGAUCUACUGAAACGCUUCCUUGUCUAUUCAAGUCGAAAUCGAAUUCCAGCCAAAGAGGCUCUAUUGGAUCUCUACUUCUUCAGCAAGCCAUUGCCGGCGCACCACCUCGAGCUGCCGAUACCGAAGCGUGCCAAACAGGAGCAAUUUGAUGUUGACGCGCCUCUCGAGUUGUCGAUCUUCUUCCCGCCUGCGGAACGUGAUCCUCGAGUUGUGAUCGGGUCGAAUGCCUAG